UGAUCGUGCGGCUCUUGUGUUGUUCUGAGGUAACCAGCCACAUUUACGUUUGUGUGAUGAGGAGUCGUGACGGUGGAGGCGGCCGUUCGUUCAGUCGCAUCCAGACCGACUGGGCGACGUUCCUGGGGGAGGGGAUCGAGGCGAAGAGAAGAAAAUAGCGCAAGGAAGAAGUUAAAGACAAAGAGGAAGGAGUCAAAGGAGAAGUUGUGACUUGGAGACGAUUCGUGGAACACGUGGAGCGUUAUGGAUAAAAGAGUUCGUUUAUUUUAACGCUUGACAGUCAGAACAACAUAGGCACAGUUUAUAAUAAGAUUUAAGACAUGAUGGCAGAAUUAACGACCAACUGUGAAAAGAUUAAAUAACAUGUGAAAGUUGGUUAGACGCGUUUUCUAGGGUUUUCAACAGAAAUGUACAGGAACAUUAUGGAAAAUCCGAAGACGCCGAGUUCACAGAAGAGUUGGAAGUUCUUGCGGGACUCUCUGCUGCUUUGCUUCUUUGCCGGAUCGGACUCGUCUGUCAGCAGCAGGAAUGAUGGGAACAGACAAGCUCAGCCUUCCAACACAACACUAAAAACUGAGAAACACUGCAGGGACAUUUUGAUCAGCCGUGGAGACGCUCAGUGUGACAGCUGUAUUGAGUACUGCUGUGAUGGGGUUCCUCCGUUCUGCUGCUCUUACUAUGCGUAUGUGGGAGACGUGCUCUCGGGAACGGCUAUCUCAGGGAUCGUGUUUGGCGUGGUGUUUCUGAUGGGCGCGGUGGCCGCCAUCUUUCUGUGCAUCUGUAUGUGUGUGAAGAACAGCCGCGGGGCGAGAGUGGGCGUCUUCAGCUCGUCAUACAUCAACACUGUGACUCAGGGUUACCCAGGUCCUCCACCUCCUUACAGCUACGAUUAUGAGAUGUAUCCUCCUGAUCUACGGCCGCCUCCAUACACACCCACUCCACCCAGAGCCACAAACUACUCUCCACCUCCACCCUAUCCAGGCUACAGCCGCAAAUGAGCCUCCUGAUGUGUGUUAUUCUGAAAGGACGCACAAAAUAAUGCACAAAAAUCAAAAAUCCCUGCACAACCGCCAGACUGGUGCUCUGUCGAUAAAGCAGGGAUUUCCACGCACUGGAGCAGCGCAAAGAUGAUUCUUACAUGAGGAUUGGAGUAUUUUAAUUUAUGGCAUGGACAUUUAUGGUCUAAUAAACAUUAAUAAACCUUAUUAGGCAACAUGAGACCAGGACAGGCCAAAAAAGCUCUGUUUUCUUUUGAUGCGGCUUGUUGAAGAUCAGUGUUAUCUCUUUAAUUGUCAAAUGAAAUUAACUGUUAAUAUGGGAGUAAACGUCAUAUGUGUUGUACAGAGUAACAUUUUAUUCUUAUACCUAAAAUGUGUCUGAGUGUCUUGAUUAAUUCAUUUUUAUCAACUGAGGAAAUAAUAUGGUGAAUGUAUUUAUUCAUAGAAAUUUGAAAGAACAAGUUGUAUUUGUAGUUGGCUACUGUUACGAAGACACACCAGGUGUAGUUAACUGUUCACCGAUUGUGUCCAAACAGCAAAACAUUAAUGCAAUUUAUGUCUGUUUUUACUUUUAGUAAUAAAACUGAAGGCUGCAUGCUCGUGUUUUCCAGUG